GACCAUUGCCAAACUAUUCCGACUUCAUUUCUCCCUCAAAAAAAGAAAAAAGCUCUUCCGACUUCAUUCCUUCCUCCACCGCCGCCGCCGCCGCCGCCAGAGAGGAAUGACGGCUUAUGGUGCAUUGAAUUCUUUGAGAAAUACAAUUGAUUAUAUUCUCCAUUCUUUUCAUUUUAGCCUUGUUCACGGCUCUCGAAGCAUCAUAAACUUUGCCUACGAGGAGUUGCAGCCGUUGCAAGAAAUUCUUGAAAAAUUGGACAGCACGAGGACAAGCAAAAGCAGGAAGAAGGUGAAUGGUUUGGAUGGAAUAAUCAGAGAGUUGAUUUGGGAAUUCCAACACUUGCUGGAAUCCCUUCUCUCGCAACAGAUUCUUUCGCAAGCAGACCAAGUAUAUGAUGAAAUGAAAGAGAGAGUAUGUGAAUUCCAAGGUGAGAGAAUAAGAUUCUCCAUUGAUCUGCAAUUCCUACAACAUCAUGUUGGUUCCUUGAUGGAGAGGCUCAAGGAUUUGGAGGAGGAAUACAUUUAUGAAGUAGACAAUAUGCCUGAAGAUGAAGAUGAAGACGACGACGAACAAUCUAUUGUUUCCUCAAGAAGUGAGACCAAGUCAAAGAUGAUUGGAUUAUCGGAUCAAGUCCAACAACUCAAAGUGGAUAUUAUGGAAGGUUAUGGGAGGAUUUCCAACGGUAGCACCAUAGUUGUUGGAGCUGCAGGCAUUGGGAAGACUGCUCUUGCUGAGGCAGUUUUUGAAGAUCCUGAAAUCUUGAGCCAUAUUGAGCAUCGUGCGUGGGUUAGAGUAGGCAGAAAAUCUCAAUUCGAUGAAGUCUCACGAGGCAUUCUAGCUCAAAUGUUUGGAAUCACACAAGGAGAUGGCGAAUUAGGUGCCUACUUGGAAGAAAGAUUGCAGGGGGAAAAAUGCCUGAUUGUGCUCGACGAUGUGUGGGAGACACAGAUAUUGGAUUCAUUGUUCAGUUCCAUGAAGAACAUUGACAAUGGAUCAAUUCAUAUCUUGGUUACUACUCGAGAUAUGCACUCAAUUGAUCCAACAUUUAGUUUUAGACUCUGUAAUAUCGCGUUCGUGUGCUUUUUGAAUGAAGAAGAAAGUAAGGAGCUGCUAUGUGAGAAGGUGUUUGGUGAAAAGGAUUGCCCUUUUCAACUUGACAAAGCUGCUACCAAAAUUGCCAAGAUUUGCGAAGGUCUUCCUCUCACGAUAGUCACAGUGGCUGACAUCCUAUCAAAAUCCCAGAAUACGGACCCCAAAUACUGGGACGAUGUAGCAGAAAUGCGAAAUUCAGUCUUCACUGAUGUAUAUAAUGAGAUAUCAAAGGUACUUUUCCCAAGUUAUGAAUACUUACCUCAAUAUCUUAAGAUGCCUUUUCUGUUUAUGGCAGUCUUCCCUCCAGAUUAUGACAUCCCUCAUUCCAAGAUCACUAAUAUGUUGGCUACUGAGGGCUGGUUUCAUAGAGGUUCUGUCUGGGAAUGUUUGAACGAACUUUGUUCUUACAGGAAUCUUGCUUUAUUCAACCGAAGAAGCAUUUUUACUUUCCCUUGGAGUGUUCCUUUUCGCGAGUUUAAAACUUGCCGGCUUCAUUCUUCAUGGCGUUAUGUGUGCAGAGUAGAGGCUCAGAAGAAAAAGUUUUAUCAUAUCUUAAAGAAACUUGUUGAAGGCUUAGAAGAUGGUGUAAAAGGUCAGCAUUGUUUGUGUCUUGAAAAUAACCUUUUAUUUAGCAUCAAAGAGUUUAGGCAGUCUGUGAGAUUGAAAUGUGCAACCUCUACACAUUCUCUUCUUUUUUUUGGUGCAUACCACCAAUAUCCAAUCCCAAUAGGUGAUGAUUUCAAGUUGCUUGGGAAACUAGAUGCUCUUAAUCUACGUUUGUACACUUUCCCAUCAGAAAUUCUUACACUAGUUCUUUUUUCUUUUCUUUUUUUUUUUUUAAUUCUUACACUAGUUCUACUAAAGUACCUUGCUCUAACUUGCAAUGGAGAACUCCCUACAACCAUAUCCAAACUUUUCAACCUUCAAGUGUUGAUUAUCCAUCCUCAUAACAACAUUAGGAUUUGUAGAGUUCCAUCAUAUGUACCAAUACAAAUUUGGGAUAUGAAAGAGUUAAAGCAUAUUGAGAUAUUGGGGAAGAGCCUUGUAGCUCCAUGUCGUCCUGCUUCUUUAGAAAAGCUCUCAACACUUGUAGGUGUGAAUGCCAACAUUUGUACUAUCUUGGAAUUCUCUCGAAAAGUUCCUUGGAUUACAAAAUUAGGAGUUCAGAUCGAGCUAACGCCUUAUGACGACCAUAAUGACCUUUUAAGUUGCUUUGGCUGUGUUUCAACACAUGAAAGUUUGAAGAUACUGAAAUGUAGUAUCAUAAAUCCUGUGUUUAAGUACGAUUAUGCUUUUUCUAGUUCAUUCUUGUUGCCACCUUGGUUGAAAAAGUUACAUUUGAGUGGCAUGGGUUUUUCUUGGGAAUUCAUGGAUGUGAUUGGCUCUUUGCCAUUUCUUAAAGUGCUCAAAUUGCGAGCCUAUGCCUUUCGGGGUCCAAAGUGGGAAGUGCGAGAGGGAAGCUUUGUGAAACUUAAGUUUCUUCUAAUUGAAGACAGUGAUUUGGUGCAAUGGAAACCAACAUUCGGAAGCUUCCCUAAACUUACCUUCCUAAGUAUGAAACAUUGCUACAAACUAGAAGAGAUCCACUGGCUGCCUCAUUUAAGGACCGCAACGAUUGAAUUAGUGAACUGCAAUCCUGUAGCCUUGACUUGUGCCGAGCAAUUACAACCGGGUACAAACAAUUUCAUCAAUGUCACUGUCACUUCUUCUUUUGACGAGAAACCCAUUACCAUCAGUUUUAUAAGGUAUGGGCCUGAGUUUGAUUCUGACUAAAGAGCUGGAAAGGUGACUCACGAUGUCCUCCAUCCCCGUGUUUAUAACUUGAGUCGUUUUAUUAUUGAGUUGUGAAUCUAAGAAUUGUGACUUAUUUCGGAUUCUGUUGAGGAUUAUAAGCUCUGAGUGAAUUAUGCAUGGAAUGGAAUGAAAACUUUAAUUAGUAUGUGAUUCAAGGACAAUA